CCUUGGCCCGUUUCACGGUGGGUAGCAUCGCAGCGCGGCCGCCGCUAUUGCUGCCGCCGCUGCCGCCGCUGCUGCUCCCGCCGCUCUCGGUCCUACUCCGGCUGCGGCUCCCACUGCGAGAAAGCGGCUCGGGCCGCCGGGGCUAAGGGCGCGCAGCUGGGCCCGCCUGGGGAAGCCCCAUCCCGGGCAGCUACGAAGGACAAAGGCGGGGAGUGAAGAGGAGGAGGAGAAAGAGAAGGGGGGAGAGAGGAAGAAGAGGGGGAGGAAAAGGGGGAGAAUAGAGGAGAGGGAGAAAGGGGAGGAGAAAUCGAGGAGGAGGAGGAGGGGGCGCCAUGCCCUGGCCCCUUGCCAGAGCCCUCGGCCCGCUGCGCGAAGCCCAAGCCCGAGCCCGGGCCCUGGGCCGCGGGCGCUGAAGUGGCUGUGGGUCCGGCUGUUCCCAGAGGGAGCGCUGGCUCCGGCCAGUCCAGCCUUGCAAGGCCUGGCCCUGCCCAGCCAAGGCUAUUCCAGCCCUGCCCAGGGCCCGGGAAGCAUGAAGCUGGGGGUGCCCGUGGCCCGAGGCCGCUAAGGACAGCAGGACCAGAAGGCAGGGAGGGCAGGAGAAUAGGCCGGCAGGCCUGGGGAGCCCUGGGUGGGCCAGCUCAGACCCCAGACCUGACCAUGCUGCGGUUCCCAGUGAAGAAGCUUCGCAAGCAAUUCCGCCUGCUGCUGCUCCUCGUGCUGCUCACCUGUGCUGCGUGGCUCACCUACCUGCACCUGAGCCUCGUUCGCCAGGGCCGAGCCCUGCGGCUUCGCCUCAGUGGGGGCUCCGGCCCAGAUGGAGAGAAGCUGAGUGAAGUCACCGAUGCCGGGAAGGGGGUGGGGGGACCCCAGGCCGUGUCCCCCCCAAAGAGAGGAGAGGACUCCAGCGAGAGUCACGAGGAAGAGCAGCUGGCCGAGGGGCGGGAGCCGAGCACUUUCUGUGGCCUGAACCUCACCCGGCGGGCCCCAGCGUGGCAGGAGGAGGUGAGCGAGCGUGGCCCGGGGCAGGGGCUUGGAGGGGGCCGAGCUCACCGCAGCCUGCGGGGUGACAGGCCCGUGGGCUUCUCUCGCACACAGUACAGGGGGAAGGCCAACCUGCACGUGUUUGAGGACUGGUGUGGGGGCGCCGUGGGGAGCCUGAGGAAGAAUCUCCAUUUCCCACUCUUUCCCCACACCCGCACCACCGUGAAGAAGCUGGCCGUGUCCCCCAAGUGGAAGAAUUACGGCCUCCGGAUUUUUGGCUACAUCCAUCCCAGCAGAGACGGUGAUGUCCAGUUCUCUGUGGCCUCCGACGAUAACUCCGAGUUCUGGCUGAGCCCGGACGAGAGCCCGGCGGGCGCCCAGCUGGUGGCCUACGUGGGCAAGACCGGCUCCGAGUGGACAGCGCCCGGAGAAUUCACCAAAUUCAGCUCGCAAGUGUCCAAGCCAAAGCGGCUCUCCUCCUCGCGACGCUAUUACUUCGAGCUGCUCCACAAGCAGGAUGACCAGGGCUCGGACCACGUGGAAGUGGGGUGGCGAGUUUUCCUUCCAGGCCUGAAGUUCGAAGUCAUUGACUCCUCCCACAUCUCCCUCUACGCAGACGAGGCAGCCCUGAAGAUGGAUCACGUGACCCACAUCCCCCAGUCCCUGGCCAGCCACGUGGCCCGCCCCGGGCCGCAGCCCAAGGAGCUGGGAGCGGACAUGCUGAGGCCCGACGCCAGGGACACCUUCUUCCUCACCCCGAGGAUCGAGCCAUCCCGCCUGGAGAACGUGCUGGCCCCCUGUGCCUACGCCCCCACCUAUGUGGUCAAAGACUUCCCCAUCGCGCGCUACCAGGGCCUGCAGUUUGUCUACCUGUCCUUCGUGUACCCCAACGACUUCACGCGACUCACGCACAUGGAGACGAGCAACAAAUGCUUCUACCGCGAGUCCCCGCUAUACCUGGAGAGGUGGUUCGGAUUUUACAAAUAUAUGAAGAUGGACGAUGGCGAGGAGGAGGAGGAGGAGGAGGAAGAGGAGGAGGCCGGGCGCCGGGCCUUCCUGUUCCUUGAUCCGGACAGUUUCCUGGAGGAGGAGGAAGAGGAGGAAGCAGAGAGCCCAGAGCCCACGGGAGCCCGCCCCUCCCCAAGCAGGACCACUCCGGACCACCGAGGAACCCCAAGCAGCAGCCCCACCGCCCGUCCCAGGAGGGAGACCCGGCUGAUGCGCGCCCUGAGCUGGGCCCCCACUGCCCCGGCCACACCCCGGAAUGGUGCUGCAGCCCAGGCCACUCCCCUGUUUCUGGGCCGGCCACUGCCAGCCAGGUCUUCUGCACAGGGGGCUGCCCCCCGGGCACUGAGGAAGCCACAGAAAGUGUAUGUGACAAGAGUCCGCCCAGGACAGCGCCGGCCCCCUCGGACGAAGCCCCCACGGCCCCGGCCCUGGCUAGCCCACGGUCCCUGGCAGCCCCCCCUGCCUGGCAUCUUUCUGUACCCCCGGCCCCUUCAGAGGGUGCAUCUGCGGGCCCUUCGCCAGCCUCCAGGCCGCAGAGCCCCGACUGUCAGCGCCACCCCAGCUCGGGCUCGUAGGACCCACAAUUCUCUCAGGAGGCCGUCCAGAGCCAGCUUCACCCAGCAGGCCCUGGACCUGACCACUGGGCUCACAAGCCCCACCUCAAAUGGCUCCUCGGAGGGCGGUGAGCCAGUCACCUCUUUCCUGCACGUGUCUGAGGUGGCCCAGGCCAGGCCUCAGGGGGAAAAGCUGGGGGCGGGGGAGGCUGGGGGAGGCCCAGAGGAGACAGCCACGUCCCAGGACAGUGAGGAGGAGGAGGAGGAGGAGGCGGAGGCGGGGGCCCAGCCCAGGGGCCUCUGGCCUGAGGAUGCCAUCAACUGGCAACGGACCUUCAGCGUGGGUGCUAUGGACUUUGAGCUGCUCCGCUCAGACUGGAAUGACCUUCGAUGCAACGUGUCGGGGAACCUCCAGCUGCCCGAGGCCGAGGCCGUGGACGUUGUGGCCCAGUACAUGGAGCGCCUCAACACCCUGCACGAGGGGCGCUUCUCGCUGCUGCGCAUCGUGAACGUGGAGAAGCGGCGGGACUCCGCGCGGGGCAGCCGCUACCUGCUCGAGCUGGAGCUGCAGGAGCGGGGCGGCCGCGGGCGCCUCCGGCUCUCCGAGUACGUCUUCUUGCGGCUGCCGCGGGCGCGGCCCGGACCCGACGGGGAUGCCGAGGGCGACGGCGACAGCGAUGGGGACGGGGACGGGGAGGCCCCGGGCCAGACGCCGUCCGGGGCCCCGAGCCGCUCCCCCGAGCCGCUGCUCUGCCGGCCCGUGCGGCUGGCCUGGCGCCAGGACGUGAUGGUGCACUUCGUGGUGCCAGUGAAGAACCAGGCGCGCUGGGUGAGCCGCUUCCUCGGGGACAUGGCCUCGCUCCACGCGCUCACGGGAGACGCCCAUUUCAGCGUGGUCCUGGUGGACUUCGACAGCGACGACAUGGACGUGGAGCGCGCGCUGCGGGCGGCGCGGCUGCCCCGGUACCAGUACCUCAAGCGCACCGGGAACUUCGAGCGCGCCUCCGGGCUCCAGGCGGGCGUGGACGCCAUCGAGGACGGCAGCAGCAUCGUAUUUCUGUGCGACCUGCACAUCCACUUCCCGCCCAACAUCCUGGACGGCAUCCGCAAACACUGCGUGGAGGGCAAGCUCGCCUUCGCGCCCGUGGUCAUGCGCCUCAGCUGCGGGAGCUCCCCGGGAGACCCCCAUGGCUACUGGGAGGUGAACGGCUUCGGGCUCUUUGGCAUCUACAAGUCGGACUUCGACCGCGUCGGAGGCAUGAACACCGAGGAGUUCCGCGACCGCUGGGGCGGCGAGGACUGGGAGCUGCUGGACAGGGUCCUGCAGGCCGGCCUGGAGGUCGAGCGGCUCCGGCUCCGGAACUUCUACCACCACUACCACUCCAAGCGGGGCAUGUGGGAUGCCAGGAGCAAGAGGGGCCCCCGGGCCUGAGCGCAGGCCCCCUCAGGGAAGCUCUUCUCUCCGAGGGGAGGAGCGAGGCCCCGCCCGCCAGCCGUGCGGGCCACGUGGGAGCUCCGGCCCCGCCCCGCCCCCCACACUGUGCGAGCUGAUUUCUGUGAAAUUGUGUCCUAGAGGCGAAGCGGCCCUUUGAGUUUUUUAUUGCGAAUUAAAGAGACGCCGUUUUUUUUCCUGA